UAGUAUCUGAUUGGUUAAAGUGGCACGUAACCUCAAACUUCUCAUGCGUUUCUAACCUCAAAAAUGCUUUUUAGUGAAUAAGUAAAAUCAGUAAAAUGGCUCUUGCGUUAUCCACUAAGAGUACUAUUAAGUUAUUAGAGGAAAAGCUGUUUUCUUUGACAAUUUCGUAUGUGUCUGUGAGGGAACGACAUAAAUUGAACCCUAAGCCAAGACUGCGGAACCCCACUUGGUUUACUCAAAAACAUCGAGUCUCUUUCACUGAUCCCAUUACUGCAGACAAUCAAGAAUUUUUGAAGGAAGUGGUUCAAGACCAAUGCAACAACGUCCCAAGUGAACCCCCCAAAGAUUUAGAUGUAGUUUGGCGGCCAGGUUUGCAACGAACCGGCGUGAUAGCCCGCAAAAUCGGCAUUUACCCCAUGUGGUUAAAAAACGGUAAAAAAAUCUCAACCACAUUAUUACAAGUUUUGGAUAACCAAGUCAUCAAAUAUUACGCACCUGAAAGUUAUAAUCCGAUGAAACAGCGUGUUGGUCGAAUUGUAAACAAAAAGGGAUGUCUCUUGCUCGGGGCUGAACAAGGGGACCCUUCAGAGUUCACACGGGAAUAUUGUGGAAUUUUUAAAGACUCUGGGGUUAUUCCGAAAAAAACCUUGGCCCGGUUUUUUGUCAGUCCUGAUGCUGCUUUGCCUCCAGGGACUAUGAUAAGCGCUCUCCACUUUCGCGUUGGCAAUUUUGUAGACGUCCGGGGGCUCACAAUCGAUCGUGGUUUCCAAGGUGUGAUGAAACGUCAUGGUUUCAAGGGAAUGCCGGCAUCACAUGGUGUGACAAAAACGCAUCGUCGUGGGGGCAAUAUUGGCGGUGGUGGAGAGAAAGCACGCGUAUGGCCAGGUACUAAAAUGCCAGGUCAUAUGGGCAAUAGGUAUCGCACACUUAGAGGACUCAAAAUUUGGAGAAUUAAUACAAAGUACAAUGUUUUGUACGUUUCUGGACAGAAUAUUCCAGGAGCAACCAACUCAAUUGUGUUUAUUUACGAUACAAAAAUUUCUCCUAAACGACCCACCGAACCAGUACCGUUUCCUACUUACUGGGGAGGAGAGGAGGUGCCCGAAAACAUCUUUGAUAAGGAUUUGCACGAAUUUGGGGAACCCACAAUUGUUUUCAAAGAACAGUAAUUGGAAUUAAUGUGUUAGAUUGUUUUAGUCUUAAAAAAUAAAGGAUUAAGUUGA